AUGUCACAAAAGGAAUGGGAGGAAGAGAGAGUUCAUUUGUUGGCAGAGCUCAAUGAUGAGAAGGCAACACAUACAGAGACGAUAACAAGAUUUAAUCAAGAACAUGAGAAGAAUUCACAAUUGAUAGCAUUGGUCAAACAUGCACAAGCUGAGCAGACCGCAGCACAGGGUCGCGUAGAAGAACUGCAACGCCAGCUGAUAUCAUCGCAGAACAAGUUGGUCGAGCAGCGCAAGAUCUCGGCGACAGCCUCCGAACGCGUGACGGCCGCCGAGGACGAGAAGCAGCGCGCGGUGGAGCAGGCCGACACACUCACACACAGCCUCAACAAGGCCAACAUCCGUCUGCAAGAGGCUGAGGACUUGCUCAGUCUGCUGAAACAGGAGCAGCAGGGCGGCGAAGGAGGGCCGGGCGCGCUGCUGGCCAAGACGAUGGACCUUCAGCGCCAACUCGACGACAUGACGAGCCAGCUGCAGAGCAUGACCGAGAGGAACAACACGCUGAUCAUCGAGAGGAAGACGGUCGAGGAGACCGUGUUGGAGUACCAGACAACGAUACAGACGCUCAGACAGACGGUCGAGGCGACCCAGUCGCAGCACGCGUCCGACGCUGACCUCGCCAACAAGUACGCCCAGCUACUCAUCAGACUGGACGAGGAGAAGAUCAACAUCGACCUGGCCAACGAGACGAUCGAGGAGCUGCAAGAGAAGCUGCGCGUGUACGAGGGCACGGGUGGCGGCCACCUGGGCGAGGUUGGGGACGUCCCCGCCGCCGCCAAGGUCAUUGUCGACGAGCCAAUCAAAGAGAGCGACUUUGACGAGAGCUUCCAACAGUUGCUGGCCGAGAACCAACAGAUGAAGAGCGAUCUGGACAAGCACAAGAAGGAGGUCGAUGAGCUCUCUGCACAACUGGCAGAGGCAAUGGUGCUGGCACAAGCACCACCCAAGGAGUCAGCGGCACCGACCGAUGUUGUCAUUCAAUCAAACCAAGAUAUUGAUGAGCUCAAGCAACAGAUUGAGGAUCUGAGGGAGCAACUACGUGUGGAGAAGGUCACUUCCAUGGACUUCCAGACCAAGUAUGACCGAGUCAGUAGACAACUGAACACGUUCAGGUCAUCAAUGGACGAGGAUGCCAAGAAGAAUAGAGUGGCCAUCCAAGAGCUCGAGCUCAAGUCCACUGAGAUCCAACAGAAGUAUGAUGAGUUGUUAUCUCAACAACAACAACAACAACAACAACAACAUGAACAUCAUCAACAUAACGACCAACAAUCCCAAUCACCAUCAUCAUCGUCAUCUCCAUCAAUCAGCUCGAUCCAAGCCAAGUAUGAGCAGAGCAUGGACACCAUCAAGGACCUCACUAAUACACUUGAGUCUGAGCGCGAGUUCAUCAAGGAUCUGUCCAACGACUUUGAGGCUCUCAAAAAAAAAAAAUCACAGCUGAAGCAACAGCUGAGGCAACUCAACAAUGAGCAUCAGGCAAUGGUAGAGCAGAAUGGCAAGGAGCUGGAGGACAAGACAGCCCAGAUCCGGCAACUAAACAGCCGAUUCGAGGCAAUAACAAAGAGUAUGUAA